AUGUGGUGCCCGUUGACGAGCCUGCUGUCGCUGUCGCUCCUUCACCCGACUUUGGGCUGCAACGGCAACGGUGACUUCUGUAACCUUCCUUUCACCAAGUACACCUUCGCUGGGAGCCACAAUGCCAAUGCCUACGACUUGGUGAUUCCAGAGCUCAUUCAGGAGGACAUACCGUUAGUGGAUGUCAACGAAAUUUUGAGAGGCUACUAUGAGAAUCAUGACUUGGACCUCACAGAGCAGCUAAGCUUCGGCAUUCGCGCCUUCAUGGUGGAUCUUUGCGACCAUGCAGACACACCAGGUGCUGGUCCUUUUUUGAACUGCCAUGGACCAACGGGCCAGGCAGCUUUCCGAGGCAAGUUCGAAGAUGACCUGGACAAGGUCGCUGAGUGGUUAAGCCUAUACCCGCGUGAGCUGAUCGUUCUUUCACCUGACAACAUUCCCUUUCGCGGAGGGACUCGCUGGGAAGAUCUCAUGAAAACCAAGUUUGGGGGGCUUGGCACAGGCUCGUCCUGCGCGGAGAUCGAUGGGACGACAGAUGUAUCGUCCUGGUCUGCACGCGCCGAGGUGUCAUGUGCUGUGAUCAGAGACGUCCCCAACGACAACAUCACGAUGGGCGCACUGGUGGAUCUCAACCUGCGGGUGGUGGUCUGGCCGGAGAACUGGAGGGGAAUCUUCUACAGCACCUAUGAUCCAGAGAUUCAGGCCGGAGCGACGGUUGAGAGACUCCAGGAAGACUUCAUGGCCUAUGCGAAUGGACGGAAGUGGGGAUUCCCUGGUCGCAACACUGGAUUUCUUUUCCAGGUCUUAGGAUCUGCCAGGUACCCCAGCUUCGACCAGUACGACAGAUGCCCGGACCCGCUGUGCAAGGCAGCUGCACUUUCCCAGCUCAAGGACGACUUAGCACUCGACAGUGUCAAGGGUAUGUCUACCCGACUCAAUGCGGGUCUGCUGCAGGAUGACACAACCCCGCAUGAACAUCAGUCGGAGGAGACAUGCCCAGAGUAUGCUUGCGGAUGCCUAGGAUACCGGUCGCCCCUCGAAGUAGUCCACCAGAAGCUGCUCAAAAGCGGCCAUGGGGUCCAGGCCAUAUUCGUAGAUUAUCCCGAGGUGGGGGAGAAGAGCAACGUUGCCCAUGUCGCCGCGAGAAUGAAUGAAGCCAACCUUCGCCAUUUGCGCGGUGAGGACGAGCCUGGUGCCGAGUGGUGGUCCUGCCACUGGCAGCCCUUUGCGGCAAUUUCUACAUCCUCACUGCUGAUCAUCGUUUGUGCACUCUACAUCUUUCUGAUGUGUCGCUACCCGGACCACUGGGGCGUCUGCAUAUGGGAUCAGUGGAGAGCCUACAAGGCUCGGGUGGCUGCCAGAAAGGAAGGAGAAGAGAGAGGCCGCGAGGAAGCCCGAGCUUACUUAUAUGGGGAAGCUCAGGGUGGUGGCAACAUGGAUAUGUCGAUGCCUCAGCAGAUUCCACCCGGGAUCGCAGGGAUCGCACCCAUCGCUGGAAAUCCACAGGCCAACUAUGCAUAUCCGGCAUAUCCACCGUAUCCCCAACAGCCUCAAGGCAAGUUCCAGAAGUUUGCGGACACGGAGUGA